AUGGCAGGCGGUCGGAAGACCAAAUCUUCCGGCCCCGCGCCCCCCUCCAAAACCCUCAUCAUCGACAACGGCGGCUACACUCUCAAAGCCGGCUUCGCACCACCCUCACCCACAAGCGGCGCUGACCUAUCCCCCCGAAUCAUACCAAACUGCAUCGCGCGCGACCGCCACCGCAAGAUCUACGUCGGCUCCGAGCUCCCCCAACAGUGCCGCGACUUCGGCGAGCUGCAGUUCCGCCGCCCCGUCGACAAGGGCUUCAUCGUCAACUGGGAGGCGCAGAAGGAGGUUUGGGACGGGGAGUUGUUUGGGGGCAAGGGCGGGUUAGGGUGCGAGCCGGGGGAGACGAGGUUGGUUUUGACGGAGGCGCCGGGGGGGUUGCCGGCUUUGCAGGGGAAUUGCGAUCAGAUGGUUUUUGAGGAGUUUGGGUUCGCGAGCUAUUAUAGAGCAAUCGGACCUACGCUCAACGCCUACAACAAUAUCCAGUCCUUCUUCGGAACUACGCGAGACCCUGCGACGAUGACGGCACCUCAGGUCCCCGCCGAGAUUAUGCUCCUCGUCGAUUCAGGUUACUCCCAUACGACCGUCACCCCCCUCCUCCACGGCCGACCCCUCUACUCCGCCGUCCGCCGCCUCGACAUCGGCGGGAAAUUCCUAACAAACUACCUCACCCGCCUCCUCUCCCUCCGCCACUUCGACAUGCGCAACGACGUUUACAUCGUCAACGAGAUCAAAGAGACGGCCUGCUUCGUCUCGCUCGACUUCGCCGCCGACCUCGAGAAGACGUGGAAGGGUUCCCGCGGCGAAAGGAGACCCGUCUAUGUGAACGGCAGCGAUGGCAUCGCCAAGGACUACGUACUACCCGAUUACCACGCGAGGCAGAAGGGUAUCAUAAGAGACUACGAUCCGGCGGCACACACGAAAUCGAGGAAACUCGCCCUCGGCGCGGCUGGGAACGCCGCGGACGUAAACGAGGACAUCAUCACGCUGCGAAACGAGCGAUUUUCGGUCCCCGAGCUGCUGUUUAACCCCAUGGAUAUCGGGCUGCGGCAGCCCGGUCUUCCGAACCUUAUAAUGCAGUCCGUCUCCUCGCUGCCCGUUGGCCUGUGGCCCGGGCUCCUCGCGAAUAUCGUUGUUGUGGGCGGCAACGCGCUGUUUUCUGGCUUUAGGGAACGUUUGCAGAGGGAAGUUGCUAGCCUUGCGCCCGACGACUGUACCGUAAGGGUUGCGGUGCCCGAGGAUCCGGUUACGGCUACGUGGAAGGGAGGUGUUAGGUUAGCGGCGCACGAGAAUAUAGGGAAGCUGAGCGUCUCCAAGGCGGAGUACGAUGAGUAUGGAGCUGCCUGGGUCGCGAGGAAAUUCGCCGCAGGCUUGCCUGUUUGA